CGGCGCGUCCCUGCUGCUGCUGGACUGUCGGCCGCACGAGCUCUUCGAGUCGUCGCACAUCGAGACGGCCAUCAACCUGGCCAUCCCGGGCCUCAUGCUGCGCCGCCUGCGCAAGGGCAACCUGCCCAUCCGCUCCAUCAUCCCCAAUCACGCCGACAAGGAGCGCUUCGCCACGCGCUGCAAGGCGGCCACCGUGCUGCUCUACGACGAAGCCACGGCCGAAUGGCAGCCCGAGCCUGGGGCUCCAGCCUCCGUGCUCGGCCUGCUCCUGCAGAAGCUGCGCGACGACGGCUGUCAGGCCUACUACCUCCAAGGUGGUUUCAACAAGUUCCAGACGGAGUACUCAGAGCACUGCGAGACCAACGUGGACAGCUCAUCCUCUCCAAGUGGCUCACCACCCACCUCAGUGCUGGGCCUGGGGGGCCUACGCAUCAGCUCUGACUGCUCGGACGGCGAGUCAGACCGAGAGCUGCCCAGCAGUGCCACUGAGUCGGACGGCAGCCCUGUGCCAUCCAGCCAACCAGCCUUCCCCGUCCAGAUCCUGCCCUACCUCUACCUCGGCUGCGCCAAGGACUCCACCAACCUGGACGUGCUCGGCAAGUACGGCAUCAAGUAUAUCCUCAAUGUCACACCCAACCUGCCCAAUGCCUUCGAGCAUGGCGGCGAGUUCACCUAUAAGCAGAUCCCCAUCUCUGACCACUGGAGCCAGAACCUCUCCCAGUUCUUCCCUGAGGCCAUCAGCUUCAUUGACGAGGCCCGCUCCAAGAAGUGUGGUGUCCUGGUGCACUGCCUGGCAGGCAUCAGCCGCUCAGUGACGGUCACCGUGGCCUACCUGAUGCAGAAGAUGAACCUGUCACUCAAUGAUGCCUAUGAUUUCGUCAAGAGGAAAAAGUCCAACAUCUCGCCCAACUUCAACUUCAUGGGGCAGCUGCUGGACUUUGAGCGGACGCUGGGGCUAAGCAGCCCAUGCGACAACCAUGCACCCAGUGAGCAGCUCUACUUCUCCACACCCACCAACCACAACCUAUUUCCACUCAACACGCUCGAGUCCACGUGAGGCCAGGUGCAGAGGUGGGUGUGGCACUGGGCACCUCCCCAGUACUCCACAGGGCCAGGUGGGAAGUCCCAAGCCUGCUGUGUCUGGUGUGAGGAACCCAUGGACAUCACCUGUGCCCAGAGGCCGAGGCUGGUCGAUGGCCGGGCCCCCUUCACCAUCCUGUGGGGGGCAGGGUCCACAGGCAAGGCCUCCUUUUUCAGGACUUGCUGGAGAGGACUUGGCUCUCAGACACAUGGCUUUGGGGGUUCAACGGGGCUUUGUCAUUGUCCCAGGACACUCCUUUCUGCUGAUGGCCUGGCCAAUUUGGCUAUUUUUAAAAGACAUAUCCAUGGACCUGAGUUUACUUUUUACUUUUGGCAGAUAAAUCUAAGCUCCUUGGAGCAGAGAGUGUUCAAGCUCUUCUUGAUUUUUCUUUUUUUAACAGAAAGUGUUAUUUUCAGGCUACAUGCAACAAUGGAUUGUAUAAACCAGUAUUUCAUCCCUUUCUUAAUCCUGCAAGAGAGAGAGAGAGAAGUGUUCUCAGUUUUGUUUCUCUUUCUAUUUCAAAAAGCAAUUAUUGGUGUGUUUGGUUUUUUGUUUUUGUUUUUUUUAAUGGAAAAGACAAACCCCGUGUUGAUCUUGACCAAAUGCGUUUUGCACAUGUGUGAAGCCUCCGUUUCUUCGGCAGGCCCUUGAAGGGGUGGCUUGCUGCUCUCCAGGUAUCGGGACCCCCAGUCAUGCCAUCUCCCACCCUUGGCCCAGCCCAACUUGGCACCUCAUUUGUCUGGGGUGACUGCUGCCAGUUGUGGCUGGUGGGCUGGAUGGGUGGUCUUUGCAUUCUCUGCCCUCCCACCUGCCCCUCUGGAGGUCUCUGCAGAUCUCCGUGAGGUGGAAGAUGGGGGGCCCUGCUGCUGACCUGCUGGAGGUGGGGUUAUAGGAGACUGCCAAGCAGUAGCAUUAGCCCUCUGGGCUCAGCCCCUAGGAGGGCCUGGGCCCUGGGCCCUUUUAUAUACUUACCCACUACUUCUGUCUCUUUUCUCUCUGUGUUUGUAACUGGGAGUGGAGGCCCAGAAGCUGGGGAAAGCUUAGAUGGUGGGGGCCCAGCCCUGCCUCCCCAUCCUUUUCUCACCUGCUGCUUUGGUCCAGCUGCCACUCCCAGCCCCUUUGUCCCUGUGGAAGCCCACCCUGCUCUCAUCUUGCCCAGGCCUUCUACUACCAGGAAACUUGCACCCAUUUCUACCCUAGGGCAGGGGCAGGUGGGGCAAAAAUGUACUAGGGGAAGGGGGUGAGCCUUUGUCUACCCCACCCCACCCUCUGGAUCCACAUAACAAAGCCACGGAUUCCGUUAUCCUCCAGUUUGUUUCUUCUCCAGCCUCAGUUCUACCAGAUGUCAGGACCGCAUGGGGGCCCGGGGAGGGGUGAGCAGACGGGCUGGGGUCCCUGAGGGAGCCAGCGCUCAGCAUGUGAGUGAGACCACGGAAACUCUGCCCCCACUGCAUCUUACCUCACAGGGGUGGUUUUCAGGGAUUCUUUAGGGCAGCAGACUAAAAUCUUGCCACAGUCGAGAAAACGAGGAAAAGCUUUCAUGCUGUACGUGGUUCUCUUUCUCUCUCUCUUUUUUAUUUUUAAAAAGAAAAACCCAGAAAGAUGCAUCAGAUUUGUGUAAAUGAGGGUAUGCCAGAGGGUGGCCAGUUUUGCUUUAUGAUCUUAUGAAGGAAAAUUUGUGACCCUACAUAUAUAUACACACAUACAUAUAUAUAUCCCGAACCAGCAACGGGACUUUGUUUAUAUUGCAAAUAAAUAUUAUUUUUUCUUUAAA